AAUGGAAAAAUAUUUUCUUGUUGCUGCCAUUGACUUUGGGACCACAUACUCUGGCUAUGCCUUCGGAAUGGUCCGUGAUUUGGAGGAGGAUCCAAUGAAAAUUCACGCUAAUCAGGCUUGGGUCUCCGGACAACAAAGUCUGUUGUCCCUGAAGACCCCAACAUGUUUACUACUGGAUAACAAUAAGAAAUUCAAGUCGUUUGGAUAUGAGGCAGAGAACCAGUACAGCAACAUCACCAUGGACGAAGAGACGGAGGAUUAUUAUUACUUUUACAGAUUUAAAAUGAACCUACAUGAAAGUGAGGAGUCAUUAGAAAACCUGAAAAUAAAAGACGCCAGUGGAAAGAAGCUACCCGCAAUGACAGUCUUUUCUCUUUCCAUCAAAGCCCUGAAAGACCAUUUACUUGAUCUUCUAGAUACCAGAGGUACAACUCUGAAGGCAGACGAAGUACUGUGGGUACUUACAGUACCUGCAAUCUGGUCAGAUUCCGCCAAAAUGUUCAUGAGGAAAGCAGCCAAGAAGGCGGGGAUAAAAGAUAAUUGUUUGAAGCUCGCUUUGGAACCCGAGGCAGCAUCUAUUCAUUGUCAACACAUUCAUGUGGAUCGUACAAAAGGACAGCGAGGUUUUGGUGUAUCCGCUGUGGGUACUAGAUAUAUGGUCAUAGAUCUUGGGGGAGGAACUGCCGACAUAACAUGUCAUGAGAAGUUGGAUGAUGAUUUUCUGAAGGAGCUGUAUAAAGCCAGUGGAGGGGCAUGUGGAGGUACGGCAAUGGACGCUAAAGUUCUUGGCGUAAUCAGGGAAAUCGUGGGAGAGUCGGUCUUUAAUGAAUUCAGAAGAGUCCAUGUGGAAGGAUAUAUGGAUCUACUGCGGGAAAUUGAAGUCUUCAAACGAAAUAUUAAACCUGAGAGUGAUGGAAAAAUCAAUAUGACCAUACCAUACGUUUCCCUCCAAGAACUUUGCUCCAUCAAGUUAAAUAAAAGUUUUAAAGAAUUGCUUGCAGUUUCUUCCGUGUCCAACGAUAUAUCUCUUACGGGGAACAAGCUUCGUUUCAGUGCAGAUUUUGCAAAACAACUUUUCACAUCUAUUACUGAUCAGAUUGUGGAGUAUAUAAGGCUCAUUUUAAUGCAACCGGAAGUGCAAAACAUAAAUAGGUUCUUACUGGUCGGUGGUUUCUCAGAGAGUCCCAUGGUGCAACAUGCCAUCAAGGCGAACUUUCCUGAUAAACGUCUUAUAAUUCCUCAAGAGGCUGGCUUAGCCGUAUUGAAAGGUGCUGUUUUGUUUGGUCAUCGACCAAAAACGAUCAAAAGCAGGGUGAUCAAAUAUUCCUACGGCGUAAAAACCACACCAGUAUUUGAUCCAAUGGUUCAUGACCCCAAACGAAGAUGUAUUAUUGACGGAGUUGAUCGAUGUCAGAAUGUUUUUAGCUGUUUUAUGAAAUCAGGCACCGCUGUUGAAGUGGAACACGAAAUAGAGAAGAAGUACCAAACCAAUGAAGUAUUUCAGCAAACUGUUCCACUUGAAUUGUUCUUCUCAAUAAAAGAGGAUCCAAAAUAUAUUGACGAACCUUGUGUGCAAAAACUGUGGAAAAUGGAUAUAAACAUCCCACAUCCAUGUGAAAAUCCACGAAAGGUUAAAGUUCUGUACAUUUUUGGUGAUACCGAAUUAAGAGUGACUGCUGUAGAAAUGGAUACAGGGACACCAUGUGAAGCCACAAUUGGUGGAAUAUGUUAAACUGAAUAUAGCUAGGAAAUUUCAAGAUAACACAUCAAUUUGUGUUGUUUUAGGGUAUUUUAUGUGGUGUUCGAUUUUGUUUUGCUUCUUUCAAUGAAUUGGUUCUG